UUCGCGUUCCUCUACUUCCUCAUCGUGAUAUUGCGGUGCCUAGUAUUCCCAUUACUACCCUGCGCAUCAAGGCCCGAUUUGAGUUCCAUGAGAUCACCCCUGCACUCAUUGCGCGCCAUUUGCGUAGUACUAUUUACAUAGUACUGCUUUUCAUUGAUUCAACCAAUAUUUUCCCAAUAUCAUUCUACUGAGGCCAUUUCAUUUCCCCAGAUUUGGCAAGGCUUGUGUGAGACAACCAACUCAUUCUUUCCUACCAUCUCCUUGUCAUCUCAGAGAUAUUUGUUGUCUAUCUUGCCACUUAAAACCCUUACAGCCAAGUCUCCACCAUGGAUGCAGGAGACCAGGAAGACCAAGAGCUGCGAGAGGCCAUUGCCGCGUCUCUGGAAGAUGGGCGGAACUCGAACCAUGUUGUCUCUCACGGACCCCAACAGGUUGUUGAUCUUACUGCCGAGUCAGAUGACGAAGUAGUCCCGAUCUUUCCAAAAUCACAAUCUUUGGUAGGCUCUGAGACGGACGAUGAAGCAGGCCAGGAGAAGAGCGAUUAUGACGAUGAAGACCUCAGACGGGCUAUUGAGCUAUCCGUACAGGAAGAAAGUGACGUUCAAAUCACACAAUCUUCCCGCGUUGAUCGUACAAGCGAGCAUUCAAUCCCUCCUUCUUCGAAGGAACCUGAAAAUCCAUCGAAUGAUCAACAACAUUCAACACCAACCGGCAUUCUGGGCCUGGAUCGGAAACAAAUGGAGCAAGAGCGCCUUGCACGCUUCGCCAAACGAAAGGCUGAGCGUAGUGCGUCUACUGAUGAGCGCGAUGUUAAACACCCGCGGAUUGAUUCUCCACCGAAGCCCCAGAAGAUUAGCUCAAAGGACGUCCCUGUGUACGAUACAGCAGGCAAGCCAGAUGGCUCUAGUCAGGAUAUCUCUGGGAAGACGCAGCAGAAUCCCCAGCCAUCCCUUAGUCCGUCCGUUCAAUUUCCAAUGGGCACCGUGAAGAAAACAUGGGCCUUUAGCUGCCGUAGAAUGGGCGACGAUAUCAAAAUCGAAGAGGUCUUUCAAAAGUCUGACCUUGAACUUGCUGUCUUGAGCUCAUUCAUGUGGGACAUGGAAUGGCUUUUCUCAAAGCUGGAUACAAGGAAGACGCGUCUUCUCUUGAUGAUGCAGGCUAAGGACGAUGCUACUAAACGCCAAUAUGAGGCCGAGACCGCUUCCUUGCCUAAUCUGAGACUGUGUUUCCCACCAAUGGAAGCACAAGUGAAUUGCAUGCAUUCAAAGUUGAUGCUUCUCUUCCAUCCUCAGUAUCUCCGGAUUGUUGUACCAACAGCCAAUCUCGUGCCUUACGACUGGGGCGAGAUGGGAGGUGUCAUGGAAAACAGUGUUUUUCUUAUUGAUCUUCCCAAGAAGAAAGAAUCCGCAAGCCAUACAGUUGCAACGGCCUUUUUCGAAGAGUUGGCCUAUUUCCUCAAAGCCAGCGCCUUGAACGAGAAUAUCAUAUCGAAACUCAACCUUUUUGACUUUAGCAGUACCUCUCACAUUGCAUUUGUUCACACCAUUGGCGGCUCGCAUACAGGGGAUGCGUGGAAACGGACGGGGUACUGUGGUUUAGGACGCUCAGUGAACAACCUGGGCUUACAGGUGUCGAAGCCGCUCAAUCUCGACUUUGUCACAUCAUCCCUGGGAUCCUUGACUGACGAAUUCUUGAGAUCACUGUACCUAGCAGCGCAAGGCGACGACGGAACAACCGAAUACACCCUUCGAACCGCGAAAUCCUUCCCAGCCAGAAGCCGCACCGACCCCAACCGACUGAUCCAGAAAAACACCGCCGCAGAAUGGAAGGACAACAGAUUCCGGGCGUAUUUCCCUUCGCAGAUGACAGUCGACGCAUCUAAGGGCGGGCCGAACUGCGCAGGAACGAUCUGCUUCCAGUCCAAAUGGUACAGCAACCCGAAAUUCCCGCGCCAUAUCCUCAGGGACAGUGUGAGCGAGAGGGGAAACGUACUCAUGCACAGCAAGAUUCUCUACGUGAGACCGGACGAGCCAAUCCCACUACCUAACAACAAACAGUGCCAGGCAUGGGCAUACGUAGGAAGCGCAAAUCUAUCCGAGAGCGCCUGGGGCCGCCUCGUUCAAGACCGCGCGACAAAAGAACCCAAACUCAACUGUCGAAACUGGGAAUGCGGCGUCUUGAUCCCAGUCAUCAACGACUCUACAUCUGCACCCGCAGAAAGUAGAAGCCCAGCCCAGGAAGGCAAAUCACAGCCCGGAUAUUCACCCCAGGAAUCAGCAACCCAUCUAGACAUGUUUAGAAAUGUUGUCCCCGUGCCGAUGCGUCUCCCUGGUGCUCGGUAUGAACCGGAUCGGAGACCGUGGUAUUACAUGGAGACUGAUUUAACAUGAUCAGUCGAUCGAGGUCUUCUUCAGAGGAUGAUGUGGGGGCGUGGGUUAUUACAAGGAAAU